UUUCUUCCUAUAAAAUGGAAACAGAUGCCUCUGUGUUACUUCAGUCUGUCGUUUUACCUUCAGUGGUAAACGAAGCAGCCAUGUCUCCUCCUUCAAAACCAGCUAGAAGCCAUAAACAACCAAUAACACUCUCUAUUGGCAAUACACUCAACAGUAGUGCUAACUUUUAUGAUAUUCCAGUUUGACACUUUUAACGAUCUACUCGAGCGCCAUGUGCCCCCUCAUGAGAGACCUCAACGUGAUAUUGAAUCAGACAAGACUAUCAAAGGACCUGAAGCAAUGGUGAUGAACAACAUGUGGCGAUCCAUAGCCAAGUAUGCUAGACAACAGAUCAUGCAGUCCGAUCCUACUCAAGUACAAGAUAUACUCAAGCUAUGGCAUAUGCGUUUAUUAGCCCUGACCAAGCUUGGCUUAUGUCAAUUAGCUUCGGCCGAAUUUGAGAAACUCGGUGAUCUGGACCGACCUGAGUUGACUGACCCUGUUACCCAUGUAUCCAUUGUACCUUUUGAACUUCGUAUGUUGUUCGCUACCUUACCGUCUCAUCUGAAAUACCCUGCACUUGCACUUGAACGAAUUACCUUGUUGGUUGUUUACUGCAAAAAAAUGCAACGACAAUCCGACGAUAGUGUAUGGAAACAACGAGAGAUUCAGACCUAUCUUGUGUUGGCCACUCAUUGGAUUCAUAUCAAGGAUUAUUCGUCUGCUGCAAACACGAUGGAACUCAUCUUGACAAAGGCACCCGAUCAAGUGGACGUCUUGUCAGGUCUAGGUCGACUGUAUUUACAAAUGGGCGAUAUGGAGUCUGCAAAUCGUAUGUUUGAUCGUAUGGAAGCAUUGUACGGAGAACAAGAUCAUGUAAAAGAAGCAUUAGAGACCAAUAGAGCACUCGCUUAUAUGGCACAAGGUGAAUGGAGCCAAGCAAGAGAUAUAUUACAAAAGAACAAGGAUAAUUUGAUGGCCAUGAAUAAUUUAGGUGUUUGUGAAGUCUAUCUUGGUCAUUUAGCCAAGGCGAUUGAUACUCUAGAGACAUUGACAGCCAAUAACCCUACUUCAGCAGGUACUUGCGAAACAGCCAUUACAAACAUGUGUACAUUAUACGAAUUACGCUAUGAAGAUGCUACAGAAAAAAAGGUUCAAGCCAUGAAGCAAGUAGCCAGAUGGGCUGGUGAUUCAUUUCAGGCAGAUUGCCUUAAACUGCUUUAAUAAAUUGAGUGCCUCUGUCUAACCCACAAGCUUCUUCAAUACGCUUCUUUAAGUGAGACCAAAAUGCUUCAAAUUGUGCUUUGUUGCCUCCCUCUAACCAACAGAUUUGAAGAAAACUAUCAGUUUCUGAUGCACUAAAAGACAUAACAAGAGAAAACACAAAGGGCUCUUCUAAAUCGUCUAAUGUCUUUUGUCGUUUGCGUUGUCUACGGGCUGCUCUUGACCAUGUAUUUUUAGUAGCUGUGCAUUGUAGUGUCC